AUGGCGGCCAAGGACGAGAAGCCAAAUGCAGCCAAGAAAGCAGAAACACCAACGGCCCCAGCUGGAGCAAACCCUGGAGCUACACCUGAGGGCGAAGAAGCGCCUCCUCCCACCCCUCCACCCAUCGUUUUAAACAGAUAUGCAGAUGAUCAGCUCCGGGCCAUCGCCAAACGCAUGCGCGAGAGACUGGAGAUCUACAAGGAGAAAGCCACAGACCCCUUCGCUUCCUCUCCAGAGAUCACUCCUCCUGUCACUCCGAUCCUGGGAAAAGCAGAGUUUGCCCGAGUGAUGGAAGAGCGAAAGCGACAGGCCGAAGAGGACAGCAUCAAGAAGGCAGAGGCGGACAAGAAGAAGAAGGAGGAGGCGGAUAAGAAGAAACAGGAAGCCGAGCAGAAGAAAAAGGAGGAGGAGGAGAAGAGGAAAGCAGAGGAGGCCUUGAAGGAGGUUCCCAAAGUCCCACUGAAGACCAGACUCAACCAGAAGUUCUGGUCCAUUGUGGACAUCACUCUGAAGCCGGUAGAAGAUGGGAUGGACUCAAUUCUGGGUGUCACCAUCGAUCCUUUCACUGAUCGCCGGUACAUUGCCUGGCUGAGUCUAGUGACCCUUGCCUUCAACUACAACUUAUGGUUCUUGACUGCGCGGCUGUGUUUCCCGUAUCAUACUGAUGAGGCCAUCAAGUUCUGGUUUUUUCUGGACAUUCUGGCUGACAUCAUCUACCUCAUUGACAGUGUGCUUUUCCAGUCUCGAACACAGUUUGUGAAAGGAGGGGAUAUUAUUAAAGAUCGAGUGAUGACCAAGAAGCAUUACAGAGCGACAAACAGAUUUAAGAUGGACAUGUUCAGCCUUAUGCCCUUUGAUCUGCUGUACUAUCAGUUUGGCUUCAAAUCCAUUUUCAGAUUCAACCGUAUUUUGAAGGUGGAGUCAUUCUUUGAGUUCAGUGACCGUUUGGAAAGUAUAAUGGCUAAAGCUUACAUCUGGAGAGUGAUUCGCACAAUUGGAUAUCUCCUUUUCAUGCUUCAUCUCAACGCUUGCCUCUACUACGUGGCUUCGGAUUAUCAAGGCAUCGGGCUGACCAAAUGGGUGUACUCCGGACAGGGCAGCGCGUACCUUCGCUGUUACUACUACGCUGUCCGCAGUCUCAUCAACAUCGGGGGCCUUAACGAGCCCCACACCGUCUUUGAGAUCACGUUUCAGAUGACUAACUUUUUCACGGGCGUCUUUGUGUUCUCCAGUUUGCUGGGACAGAUGAGGGAUGUGAUUUGUGCUGCAACUGCCGGACAGACGUAUUUCCGGAGCUCCAUGGACAACACAGUGGCAUACAUGGUCACCAACAAGAUCCCCUCAAUAGUACAAAACAGAGUCCGCACCUGGUAUACCUACACCUGGGACGCGCAGGGCAUGCUGGAUGAGUCCGAGCUGCUGGAUAAGAUGCCUCUUGUGAUGAAAACAGCCAUUGCUGUGGACAUCAAUUUGGAAACCUUCAAGAAAAUUGAUCUCUUCAAGGGCUGUGACCAGCAGAUGUUGGUGGACAUGUUGCUGAGGCUUAAGUCAAUUAUCUAUUUACCUGGAGAUUUUGUGGUAAAAAAAGGCGACAUUGGUAAAGAGAUGUACAUUAUCAAAGGAGGAGCGGUGCAGGUGGUGGGGGGACCAGACAACAGUAUCGUGUUUGUGACUCUGAAGGCCGGUUGUGUGUUUGGAGAAAUCAGUCUGCUGCAAUCAUCCAAAGACGGAGGGAACCGCAGGACAGCCAACGUCAAAGCGUACGGCUUCGCAAACCUCUUUGUGCUUGAGAAGAAGGACCUGUUUGACAUCCUGGUCCAUUACCCAGAGUCACAAAAAGUCUUGGCCCGGAAGGGAAAAAAACUCAUGAAGGCCAAGGGUCCAGCUGCUGCUAAAGCAGACGAGGAUAAGAAGAAAGGCUUGGCUCUGUUUGGUCAGAAACCCCCCACACCCAAACUGUUGCGUGCCUUUGGAGGAGCAAUCAACAAGAAAAAGCUCCUGGAGAAGAUGAAGACCAGCUAA